ACGCAAUGGCCAUCGAAAGAAGAUACCACAAAGAAAAGGGCGACGGACGACCGAAGAAGAGCAAGUGAAAUUUUUUCUCCAGUCAAACUGAAUCGAGUUGCGAGGCGACAAGCCAGAAAGACGGAAGCUGUCCCGAGUUGAGAAGUAAAAAAGGUUUUUAUCCGGACAAAAUCCCAGUGCAGAAUCGGUGCUAGUGAACGGGAAAGUGGUGCAAAUCGUAGAUGCGGACCCGCAGCAACCAAAGUGCAUAGAAAAUAGUGGAUUCCAAGGAAUCUGUUUCACGCACCUUCCAUUCGAAGAAUCCUCACCGCAUGAGCAAUGUCGUCGAAGCGUAAAUCACCGCCAAACAAACUGUCAAACGCUGGAUCCCCACCGUCCCCAUCGGGAGGAGGCGUUCAAAUCGAAAAAAAUAAUUUCCGGAAAAUCUCCCUAAAAAAUGAAGACCUGAUCAAAUCGUCCCCGGUGAAGGAACUGAACUGCGCCUUCGACGCCAGUUUCCUCUCGAUGCAAAAGAUGCAAGCCCAGAUGGAACCGAAAUACGUCAAGAACGAACACAGCGAAUACAUUAUGAGCCAUCAUCAUGCUCAACAGCAGCAACAUCACCAUGCCCACCAUCAACAGCAUCAUCCUUUUGGGGGAUUUGGAGCGGGUAUUCCGGGUGGACUGCAUCCGGGACUUGCCAUGGACGGAGAUUUCCAUCAUUUGCCAUUUUUGAACGUUGCGAGCUACAUUUUGAAGGGUUCGGACCCGCCGGGCCUUGGCAAGCAAGAUAACUAUCACCUAGCGAUGAACUUGGACAAUUUGAACAUCUCGAACAGUCAACAGCAGCAGGAUCCGAUGGCACAGCAGGCUGCGCCCAGGAAGGUGAACAACUUGAUCCUGAACCAUUUGAAAUCGAUCGUGGAUAACUUUGAUAGCUUGAAUAAUAAUAAUGUCAAUGAUAAAAGUACAACUACUCCGCCACCAGUGGCCAUUCCGCAGCAACAGUCAACUCUCGGUGCCAAUAAGAACUUAGCCAUGGAUGAUUGUGGACCCGUUCCUCAGUCGGGUGGAAUCCCCAUGAUGAACAACCACAACUCCGAAAAACAGAACUACGAGGGUUUCCGUUCGCGGUUGGACGAACGCCUCAGCAAUCUACAUCUCAGCAAGCGGGAAAUCAAUCUGAUGCGGCUGAAUCUUAGUCUACUGGAUUUCCCGAACGAGAUUCCACCGAGUUUGUUGAACAGUCGCCAUAACAACUACGAUCAACGUGGAUCGCCGCAUGGCGUAGAUGAUCCGAACUGUAGUUCGUCACAGAAUAACAUGAAUAUAAAAUUGAUAAAAAGAAGCUUCAAGGAGUCCCUGUACGAAAAGGAGAAGAACAUCAACCGGCUGAUCAUGUACUUCACCAUCUGGCGCGAGAUGCUCCUGAAGGCGGAGUUUGUAAGGCUUAGGGGAUGCCGCCGUAACAGCGCAGCGCCCGGAAGUGGAUUAAAACAGCGCGAUACCGCGAACAAUGUGAUACUAUUGAUAGUUCCUUGGCUUUGCAGAUCUCCAAAAAUUCUAUGACGGCAUACUAACCAAUAAUGGUUUUGUUUUUAAUUUCAGCUCUGAAAAUCAAUUAACGCCGUUGCGCGCGUGAUACUAUCAAAGUCUGUGCGGAUUCUAGGUGAAUCGAUCUGAUAUUUGUAUUUCAACAUGUAUUUGUU